UGUUCCUGACAACAUAGAGCUCUCUACAGCUCAAUUCUUUUUCUUUUUCAAAAAUUUAAUUUUUCAUUAUGGAGCAGAAUUUUUUGACAAAGAGAGGGUUGUUUUCGAGUUUUUCACAUUUGGUGGUUGUUGCCUUUUUAUUUUUAACCUAUGUUGAAUUGAGAAUGGUCCCAAGUUGAUCAGAAAAAAACAAAAGAUUAAAACAGAGAAAAUUUUAACAUAUGAUUAUUAACAAGUUGUCGACACAGGCAAUGAAAGUGACUAAUAUAGUAAUUUGGUUAAAGGGUUUUUGUCAUUAUUCACCAACUUGAACGAUGGAGAAUAUUUUGGCUCAUUUAGAUUAAAACUAUGACAAGCCUUAACAAAGUCCAGUAUUAGUAAUAGUACUACUACUUUGGUUCUUGAAAUUCUGUGUUAUUGAUUGAAACACGGUGUUUGAUUUCAUUUUUGAUAUUUUGUUCGGACCCACGAAAAAAAAUGGACCGUGCAUUAUCAAUUUGAUUUCAGCCGUUACAUUUUUGAUGAAGAUGGAAACUGUAGUAAAGGGUGGAUCUGACCCUUUUGAGAAGAGAACAUGUUCAACACCGCAACCGCCGCUGCCGCCCCCGGGGCCUUCAACCACUUACUCUAAGAGGUCAGUAAUGGGUGGAUACCACUGUAUCUCAUCAGCCACAACAGACUUGUGGGAUCGCUUAUUUGAUGAAGGUUACAGGGCAGAUGUGUGUGUUCAUACUGAGAAUGGCAGCAUCAUUUAUGGGCACUCCAAUGUUCUUGGUAUGGCUUCUCCUGUUUUAAGAGAAAUGUUAAAACAAGCAAGAAAGCAUGGUCAUCAACGAUCAAUUUCAAUGCUUGGUGUUCCAUCUGAAGCAGUUCGAGUCUUCAUUCGAUUUUUAUACAGUUCCUGUUAUGCAAAAGAAGAAAUGGAUGAAUUUGCUUUACACUUGCUGGUGCUAUCUCAUGUGUACGUAAUUCCCCAGCUAAAACGAGAGUGUGAAAGGAAGAUAGAGCAUGGUUUGAUGAUGAUCAACACAGAAAAUGUGGUUGACAUAUUUCAACUAGCAUUGCUCUGCGACGCGCCUCGCCUUAGCUUCGUCUGUCACCGUAUGAUCUGCAACAACUUCAAGUCAGUUUCAGCUACAGAAGGGUGGACAGCAAUGAAGCAAAGCCAUCCGGUGUUAGAAAAAAUACUCUUAGAAUUCAUCACUGAUGAAGAUCAUAGGCAAAAGGAGAGAGUAAGAAACACAAAAGAGAGACAAGUCUACUUGCAACUAUGUGAGGCUAUGGAGGCUCUUGUACAUAUAUGUAAAGAUGGUUGUAGAACAAUUGGUCCACAUGAUAAGGACUUUAAAGUGAACCAAAAUCCUUGCAAUUUUGCAGCCUGUAAGGGGCUUGAAUCGCUUGUUAGACAUUUUUCGAGUUGUAAGUUGAGAGUUCCUGGUGGUUGUAUCCACUGCAAGAGAAUGUGGCAACUUUUGGAGUUACAUUCUCGUCUUUGUGCUGAUUCUGAUGUUUGUAGAGUCCCUUUGUGCAGGUUAGUAGUUUUGUUAGUUUGUUCUCUCUUUUGUCUUGUAAUUCAGUUUCUUCCUUAUAAUACUUAUAUUUGUACAUUGCCCACUGUUUUGUUUUUAAGAGAAAACCUUUUCAUAGUUGAAACUAACUCUUUUAAGUAUAACAUUUCAGGACUUUUAAGGAGAGAAGUAGGAAACAAAGUAAGAAAGAAGAGAUAAAGUGGAAUAUUUUAGUGGAGAAACUUUUAAGAACAAAAUGCUUCUCAGGAAGGCCAUUUUUUUCAUGGGCAAUUACUGUCAAAUCUUCAUGACAGCAAGAUGUCUACUUUGUUCUUAUGUAAAAUAUCUCCAUUGUCAGUGCUAUUGUUUGUAGUAUGUAGUCCAAUCAUAACCAGAUUAAUAAUAAAAUUAAAAUUUCUUCACAAAA